AUGAAGAACUCAGGUGUUACCGUGGAUGAAGCAUUAGGGUUUCUUAGUGCAGUAAAAGAUGCAUUUCAAUAUGACAAGGAAAAGUAUGAUCAAUUUUCAAAAGUCCUUAAAGAUUUCAGUGCUAAAAGAAUUUACAUAAGUCGUGUCAAAGUAAAAUUGAAGACCUUGUUUAAAGGGCAUAAACAUUUAAUUUUGGAAUUCAACUCUUUCAUGUCGAAGAAGCGUCAAAUCACACUUUCAUUAGAUAAUGGUGAACUUGCCGAACUUCCUUGGGACGUGCUUGAUAUCAUUUGCAAAACCCUAGAUUUUGACGACCUCUUUUCGUUUUCGGGUGUUUGCAAGAAUUGGAGGACUUUCCAUAAAUCAAAUUUCUUGUCAUCCCAAGAACCAUUGCUUGUUCGUUUGAAUGGUUAUAAUACUGAUUCAUAUUCCUUUAUUAGCGUACCCAAUAAAAAAGUUUAUGAUUUGAAAAUGAUGAGUUGCCUCAAGCCUCCCAACUGCGUCUAUGUUGGAGUUUCCAGCGGAUAUUUCAUCUUGGCCCAUAGAAAUAAUUCAUUUGUUCUAUUCAAUCCAUUCACAAGAAAGAAAAUGGAAAUCAAUGCCGCCUUUACCGUUAAUCAUAAGACAUUUUAUCGGUAUGAAGUCAUGCUUGCUUUCGAGAAAUGCUCUGAGGAAUUUGUCUUGGUGGUUUUAUGCAAAGAGUCUAGCUGUUUGUAUGUCUAUCAAUCUCGAUAUUAUGAUUGGUUGAUUUAUUCAACAUUAAAAUCAGAGGAGGUGGUAGUCGACUUUGUGGUUUCCAACAAUAUAAUAUAUGUUGUCACUAACAAUGGCAACAUAGGGGUACUCAACUUGAAUUCUGGAAAUAUUAAAUUUCUAAACCUCAAGAAUACUCCCGAGAAAGUUCGCUAUAGAGAUCCCUCACAAAUAUCCUUUAAGUUGGUUAAUUGUGAUGAGCAACUUUUACUGAUUGAUUUUCGAUUAUGGUACUCAUCAAGAAGGGGAGUUUACAAGAUAGAUUUGUCAACUACAAAUUACGUUAAACUGAAAACUUUGGGUGACAUUGCAUUAUUUUAUGUUACUGGUCAAAAUUGUCGGGCAUUGAGCAACCCAGAGAGAUUUGGGUAUCGGAGCAGUUACGUGUAUGAAGUAAAUUGUUUUUCGCAAUGUAUGUAUGAUUGGAAUGAUCAUAGAGCAAAAUUAUAUCCACAUGGAGGUGGAGACUUGAGUUUCUUUGAUUGGUGUUUUAGACAUUCAAUAUGCCAAGGUUCUGCUCGGGACUUCAAUUUCUUUGAUUGGUGUUUUAGACAUUUAAAAUAUGAAGUUGAUUAUUCUUUAGUUGAAUAA